ACUCUUUUGUAUAUUUACCAGUAAGUUUGUAAUUUGUACAUACCUAACCAAAAUUCAUGUUUAUGUGAUUUUUAUAAGUAGAAAAUAUUUUGUGCAGAAAAGGUGAUGACUUGAAAGUUUUGUCUUGUACAGACAAAAAAUGUGGUUGGAAUCAAGAUCACAGCAAGGCCUUGGAAGAGUAUGAUGCAGCUCCAUUAAUGCAACAUUCUUGUUUUGCGGAGCCUGCUGUAAAAACAAAGAAAAUUGUCAAUGCAUCCUCGAUCCAACGUUGCUUAGAACCUGAACAAUAUGAGGUGAUUGCUGAGAACGAACUUGGAGAAAUUGAUACUCUACAAUCCAAUCAAAGUUCUUCUGGGUCACAAGAUCAGGCAGUUGUAGUUAAAAAGAAAAGAAAACCUGUACCAGAAGUAGAAGUAUCGGAGUCAAAACUGAGUGAAAUUGCAUGUAUCAUUCGCAAUCAACUGCCAAUGUCUGCCUUAGCUAAGCAUGAAUUAGUAAGACACGAUCCAAUUGUUUUGAAAGAAAAAAGCAAAGUCAGCCAAGCUGAAAAAGAAGUCAUCAAGAUAAUUUUGGAAGCUCAAGACAGUGACACUAUGCAAAUAUAUACAGAAAUUUGAAGUGCCAGUUCUACAAGACUGUUGCCUGAAUACCAUUGAUCAUCUUUCACACAAUCUGCAAACAAUAUCUGAAAAUACAAAAGAUCAUUAUGCCCAUUGGAUACGUGAAAGGCAGUACCGGAUAACAGGAUCUAUAUGUUACGGACUGUUUACAUAUACAAAGUCAAGGAGAAGUGAAGUUGAAUGGAAGAAAAAAUUCCAGAGUACGUUUGCACCCAAGAAUUUCAAAACUGCUGCUAUGGAGGCACUUGCUUUUGCUGAUUUCUUGAUUGAA